AUGUCAAAUAAAGAAAAAACAUCAUGGAGUUCAAUCAAAACCGGUUUUGCUAGAACCAAGCAUAAGGUUUUAGCAUCAUUUGGUGCCGCAGAAACAACUGUCGAUAGUAAAAUUAUAGCAGAAAAAGAUAAAUUAUUUACUCUUUUUAAACUUAUGAAAAGAUUAAAUAAAAAUGUUGAUAAAUAUGAAGCAACAUUAAAAGAAAUUAAUAUUGUACAAAAUGAAAUUGCACAUGAUUUAUUAGCAUUAAAUGAUCAAGACCCAGCAAUUAAAACCUAUCAAGAAACACAAAUGGCACUCGAACAGGAAAGAAUAAGAAUUGAAGAGAUUUUAGAAAACUAUUACCACGAUCCACUCAGAGUUUAUUUAUCACAAUUUAGGGAUAUUAGAUCUCGUUUAGAGGAGUUAGAUGUCAGAAGAUUAGAUAUGGAUAGAUAUUAUAGAGAUUAUAAUAUUAAAGCAAACAAGGGUAAAGAUGCUUCAAGUUUACAAAAGACUGAAAAUAAACAUCAAAGAACAAAAGAAGCAUAUCAAGAAUUAAGUGAUGAAAUUAUGAAAGAUAUGUAUGCAUUAUUUGAUGACAGAAAAGCUGCAUUCGAUCCAGCAUUUGCAUGUUUUAUAAAUAAAAAUAAUGAAUAUUUUGCAAGAUCAGCUGCUGAAUAUCAAAAGGCUUUACCAUCAGUCGAACACAUCAAUGAAUAUGAUGCUGUUACCCAUCCAAAUGUUAUUACACCCGUUGAGGUUAGUGCAAUGAGUACAAAUGUUAGAGCUUCAUCUGUAUUCACUAGUCCAAAAGAGUUUAGUGGCGGUAGUGGCGGUUCAACUCCACAAAGAUCAAGAGCAUCAACCAUUGCUACACCAACACCAUCACAACCACAACCUUAUCAACCACCAACAAGUUCAUAUGAAUCACCACCAUCAUAUGGUGGAAAUACUUAUAACCAAGGUGGCGGCAGUAGUGGUGUAAAUUUAUCAAAACCACACACUUCACCACCGGUUUCACACCAACCACCACAACCAUCUCUUUAUCCAAAUACCCAUCAAUCACCACCACAACAACACAACGAAGUACCAUACUAUUCACCACCUGAACAACACAAUACCUAUCAACAACCACAAACCUAUCCAUCACUUCAAAAAACCACUUCACCAAAUUUAGUUAAAACUCCAUCACCAAACAGUGGUCGUCCACUACCAACAGCAGGAGCACCAGCAAAUACAACCACAUCACCAUUUAAUAAUAAUAAACCAAGAGCAUCAACUAUGGUUCCAGGUGGUCGUCCAUUACCAACUCCAGUGGCACCAUCAAGACGUGCAGAGGCACUCUACGAUUUUGAAGGUCAAGAUUCAACCGAAUUAUCCUUUAGAAGAGGCGACAUUAUCACAUUAUUUAAAGAAAAUGGUGAUUGGUGUAAUGCCGAGUUAAAUGGUAAAAAAGGUUUAAUUCCAUUAAAUCAUGUAAGAAUUUUAUAA